AUGAACAUGGAAAGCUUCCCAGGGGGUAGCGCCUCGGGACCCAACGCCACAAACUGCUCCGUCCCACCAGGUGGCGGCGGCGGCGGCCCGCGGGCGGUCCCGUUCACAGACGGCGCGGCGGCGACGGUGGUCGUCCUCGGCCUCCUCACCCUCCUCACCGCGCUGAUCAACGCCGCCGUCAUCGGCGCCAUCUGCACCACCAAGAAGCUGCACCUGCCCGCCAACUACCUCAUCUGCUCCCUGGCCGUCACCGACUUCCUGGUGGCGCUCCUCGUGAUGCCCGUCAGCAUCCUCUACAUGACCACGGAGACGUGGACCCUGGGCCAGGUGGUGUGCGAGCUGUGGCUGAGCGUGGACAUGACCUGCUGCACCUGCUCCAUCCUGCACCUGUGCGUCAUCGCCCUGGACCGCUACUGGGCCAUCACCAAGGCCAUCGAGUACGCUAGCAAGAGGUCGGCCCGCCGCGCCGCCGUCAUGGUGGGGAUAGUCUGGGUCCUCUCCGUCUUCAUAUCCAUGCCGCCCUUGUUCUGGAGGCAGAGGCCCGGCAGAGGCGGCGGCCUCCAACAGUGCAUCAUAGAGCACGAUCACUUGGGCUACACCAUCUACUCCACCGUCGGGGCGUUUUACAUCCCCAUGAUCGUCAUCCUCGUCUUGUACUACAGGAUUUACAACGCCGCGAAAACGCUGUACCAGAAGCGCGGCUCCUCUCGGCACCUGAGCGGCCGCAGCACGGGCAGCCAGAACUCGGUGGACCGCUGCCGGCUGGACCACUGCCGGGUCUCCCACACGUUCUGCGCGUCCGACGUGUCCAACUCGGAUCCCGCGCCGACUCCCGACAAACUCGAGACGGCGGACGGGCAGAAUGAGAAGAACCAGAUAUGCACCUCGCGCGAGAGGAAAGCGGCUCGGAUCCUCGGCCUCAUCCUCGGGGCCUUCAUCGUCUGCUGGCUGCCGUUCUUCCUGAAGGAGGUCCUGGUGGGCCUGCGGGUGGUGCAGCCUUCGCCGCUGGUCUCGGACUUCCUGACUUGGCUGGGCUACGUCAACUCCCUGGUCAACCCCUUGCUGUACACCAGCUUCAAUGACGAUUUCAAGCUGGCUUUCAAAAAGCUACUCAGGAGAAAAGAGCAUGCGUAGGUUUGAGUUUUGAAAACAGACCAGAG